UGGCUGCAAAGAAGCCGGCUGCUGCCUGAACUCCAGCGAGCCGGGUUUUGAGAGCUGCCACAGACGCGGGGAGGGAGGGGAGCGCUCAGCAGCCACAGAGCACUAGGUUCAUAACCAGGAUUGGUCGCAAGUACAGAGCUUUUGCCACUCCGCCGGGACCCUCGGACGCUGGCCGGAUAGCAAGCGCCGUUCUGGGAAGCGCUGUUCUGGGGUGCCUCGGGAUGAGAAACUCAGGCAUGUGAAUAUAAGGAAGAGAGCCUGACAGAGGGAGGAAAGAACAUUUGCUAUAUAUGAAGACAAUAGGGAGGAUGUGGAUGAAUUUGAUUCAUUUUGCAUUGUAGACUUUUCUCUACGGUGAAAUUUGGGUAGCGCUCACUUGGAAAUACCUGCAGCUUGGUGUAAGAGAACCUGACUCUUCAGACUGAGCUGAAGGAAGCAAUCCACAUAGGUUCUGAUUGAAAAUUAAAAAAAAAGGAAGGGAUUAUUACCACAGAGUAAUUCUGUAACAUGUGGCUUCCCGAGCUGCCCUAAAAGAUGCAAAGAGAGAAUUAUGAGAUCCUGCAGUGUGACUAAUUGCUAGCUAUUGUCUAUGGGAAGUGGAUGAGAAGUCUCCUUACUGGCAUCAUAUUGUGUUCAGAUUAAAGGUUGCACAAAACUUAAAAGAAGCAGAAGCAGCAGUUCCAUUCACUUGUUAUUGGACUUGAAACUCCUUUGACCUCGGAAACUGAAGAUGAGGUUGCCAUGGGAACUGCUAGUGCUGCAAUCAUUCAUGUUGUGCCUUGCAGAUGACUACACACUGCAUGGCCCAGUUUUUGUUCAAGAACCAAGUCACAUAAUGUUUCCUUUGGAUUCUGAGGAGAAAAGAGUGAAAAUCAGUUGUGAAGUUAAAGGGAAUCCAAAGCCUCACAUCAGGUGGAAGUUCAAUGGAACAGAUGUUGACAUUGGUAUGGACUUCCGCUACAGUGUUGUUGAUGGCAGCUUGUUGAUAAAUAACCCCAAUAAGACCCAAGAUGCUGGAAUGUACCAGUGCAUAGCUACAAACUCCUUUGGAACAAUUGUAAGCAGAGAAGCAAAGCUUCAGUUUGCUUAUCUUGAAAACUUUAAAACAAGAACAAGAAGCACAGUGUCGGUCCGUCGAGGUCAGGGAAUGGUACUCCUGUGCGGCCCACCACCCCAUUCUGGAGAGUUGAGCUACGCCUGGAUCUUCAAUGAAUACCCUUCCUACCAGGAUAACCGCCGCUUCGUUUCUCAAGAGACUGGGAAUCUGUAUAUUGCCAAAGUAGAAAAAUCCGAUGUUGGGAAUUAUACCUGUGUGGUUACCAAUACUGUGACGAACCACAAGGUCCUGGGGCCGCCCACACCACUAAUCCUGAGAAACGAUGGGGUGAUGGGUGAAUAUGAGCCCAAAAUAGAAGUACAGUUUCCAGAAAUGGUCCCAGCUGAAAAAGGAACAACAGUCAAGCUGGAAUGCUUUGCCUUAGGAAACCCAGUCCCAACUAUUCUAUGGCGAAGAGCUGAUGGAAAGCCAAUAGCAAGGAAAGCCAGAAGACAUAAGUCAAACGGAACUCUGGAAAUUCCUAAUUUUCAGCAGGAAGAUGCUGGUUCAUAUGAAUGUGUGGCUGAAAACUCCAGAGGCAAAAAUGUAGCUAAGGGACAGUUGACCUUUUAUGCUCAACCUAAUUGGGUUCAAAAAAUAAACGAUAUCCACGUGGCCAUGGAAGAGAGUGUCUUCUGGGAAUGUAAAGCAAAUGGUAGGCCCAAACCUACCUACAGGUGGCUAAAGAAUGGUGACCCACUGUUAACACGGGAUAGAAUACAAAUCGAGCAAGGAACACUCAACAUCACAACGGUGAACCUCUCAGACGCUGGCAUGUACCAGUGUGUGGCAGAGAACAAACACGGAGUUAUCUUUUCCAGCGCUGAGCUUAGUGUAAUAGCUGAGAGUCCAGAUUUCUCAAGAACACUCUUGAAAAGAAUGACGCUUGUCAAGGUGGGAGGUGAAGUUGUCAUCGAAUGUAAGCCAAAAGCAUCUCCAAGACCUGUCUAUACCUGGAGAAAGGGACGAGAACUAUUAAGAGAAAAUGAAAGAAUUACCAUUUCUGAAGACGGAAACCUCAGAAUCAUCAAUGUGACUAAAUCUGAUGCUGGCAGUUACACCUGUAUCGCCACUAACCAUUUCGGAACUGCCAGCAGUACUGGGAAUGUGAUCGUGAAAGACCCAACAAAGGUGAUGGUUCCCCCUUCCAGCAUGGAUGUCACUGUGGGAGAAAGCAUUGUUCUUCCAUGCCAGGUGACACAUGAUCACUCCCUGGACAUUGUGUUUACUUGGUUGUUUAAUGGGCACUUGAUAGACUUUGACAAAGAUGGAGACCAUUUUGAAAGAGUCGGAGGGCAGGAUUCAGCUGGUGAUUUGAUGAUCCGAAACAUCCAACUGAAGCAUGCUGGGAAAUAUGUCUGCAUGGUCCAAACAAGUGUGGACAAACUCUCUGCUGCUGCAGACCUGAUUGUAAGAGGCCCUCCAGGUCCUCCUGAGGCUGUGACAAUAGAUGAAAUCACAGAUACCACUGCCCAGCUGUCGUGGAGACCUGGACCUGAUAACCACAGCCCCGUCACCAUGUAUGUCAUCCAAGCAAGAACUCCAUUCUCCGUGGGCUGGCAAGCAGUCAGUACAGUUCCAGAACUCAUUGAUGGGAAGACAUUCACAGCAACUGUGGUGGGUUUGAACCCCUGGGUUGAGUAUGAAUUCCGCAUUGUUGCAGCUAACGUGAUUGGCAUUGGGGAACCCAGCCGGCCCUCAGAGAAACGGAGGACAGAAGAGGCUCUUCCUGAAGUCACACCAGCUAAUGUCAGCGGUGGUGGAGGCAGCAAGUCGGAACUGGUUAUAACCUGGGAGACGGUACCCGAGGAACUACAGAACGGCAGAGGCUUUGGUUAUGUGGUAGCCUUCCGGCCACACGGCAAACUGAUCUGGAUGCUCACAGUGCUGGCUUCAGCAGAUGCCUCCAGAUACGUGUUCAGGAAUGAGAGCGUCCGCCCGUUCUCUCCCUUUGAGGUCAAAGUGGGUGUCUUCAAUAACAAAGGAGAAGGUCCUUUCAGUCCCACUACGUUGGUGUACUCUGCUGAAGAAGAACCCACCAAGCCACCAGCUAGUAUCUUUGCUAGGAGUCUUUCUGCCACAGAUAUUGAAGUUUUCUGGGCCUCGCCUAUUGGGAAGAAUAGAGGACGGAUUCAAGGUUAUGAGGUAAAAUAUUGGAGACACGAUGACAAGGAAGAAAAUGCUAGAAAAAUACGAACAGUUGGAAAUCAGACAUCUACAAAAAUCACCAACUUGAAAGGGAGUGCGCUGUAUCACUUAUCUGUCAAGGCAUAUAACUCAGCUGGGACAGGACCCUCCAGUGCAACAGUCAAUGUCACGACCAGGAAGCCACCACCAAGCCAACCCCCUGGAAACAUCAUAUGGAAUUCAUCAGACUCCAAAAUUAUCCUGAACUGGGAUCAAGUGAAGGCCCUGGAUAAUGAGUCAGAAGUAAAAGGCUACAAAGUCUUGUACAGAUGGAACAGGCAAAGCAGCACGUCUGUCAUUGAGACAAACAAAACAUCAGUGGAGCUUUCUUUACCUUUUGAUGAAGAUUACAUCAUAGAGAUCAAGCCAUUCAGUGAUGGAGGAGACGGCAGCAGCAGCGAACAAAUCCGAAUCCCAAAGAUAUCAAAUUCCUAUGCAAGAGGAUCUGGGGCUUCUACCUCCAAUGCGUGCACACUGUCAGCAAUCAGCACAAUAAUGAUAUCUCUCACAGCCAGGUCUAGUUUAUGACAAAAGUUAUCUAAAGGACUUGCUAUUUAUAAUAUAAGCAACAUUUAGCUAGUUGUUUUGAAGACACCCAGUACUAAGUAAUAUUGUUGUUCAAGUACAUCUUAUUACUGGAAAAAAAAUGUUUUUGCUUCGUUAGGAAUGGCAUUACACAGUACUUCCUCAAAGCAAAUCUAGCUUUGUCUGAAGUUUCUUUGGAAACUCUGCAAUGCACUGAAGACAUCUGUAAUAUGAUGUUACCAAAGCAGUUUACAUAUGUCCUUAUAUGCAUAUUUUUAUUAUAUAUUUAGUGUUUUAUAGAAUUUUUUAAAGUUAACAUAUAAUGUAGAUAUUGGUUUUUUUUCCUCUGCUGUAAAAUGCUCUGGGCAACACAACCACACAAUUAUGAUUUGAGACGGUUUCCUUUAAGGACAGAGUUUGAAACUCAUCUCAGUAAAUGAAUUGCAAAAUGACUUGUACAGUUUUACAAGGAUCUAGUGGCAAAACAGCUAGAUACUGGGUCUGUAGCUCAAGGUUGCUGUAUAUAAAUUAUCCCUUGAAUGGUUAAUGCAUUGAAUCGAGUCCCUUUGACAUAUGUGAUAUGUUUUCCUGCCCUGUUGUGAAUUUUGUUGUUCAACACAACUUGAGAUGGUUUCAGGAACUACAAAUCUCAAAAGCUGAACUUCCCAGCCCAAGAGGCACCUUGUGCAAUCCUCCAAUCCCUGAACUUAGCAUCAUUGGGUAAGACUUUAUUUGAGCAUCGUCUUUGUAGUAGCGUAUCGUAGACAUUGAAUUUGAAGUUACAUAUCCUGUAGUAACAUAGACAAAAAGUUACUAUAGUCAACCGAGUCUUUCAUGGCAUUAAAGGUAAUUUUACUCUUUAGACAUAUCUGUUUUGAAUGUAAAUUUUUUAAUAAGCAAUUCUGUCAAUGGAUUUAUAAUUUCAAAAUUUCUAUAGAUAACAUGUGUAACUGUAAUGAUAGAGCCCUUCUUUUGAAUGACAAUAACAUAAUGUAAUUUGAAAUUUUUUCCUAUUUCAGCAAAUAGCUGCUGCAAAGAAUUUUACAUAUGAUUCUAUAAACUAUCAGUAGUACAAAUGUAUUGUAUCUUGAUGUCUCUCCUGUUUUGCAGUAGCUAGUCUGGUUGCUUUAUAAGCUUUACAUUAUAAAUCUUAAAGUCAUACAAUGAAAGAUGGCAAUAUCGACACAAUAAUAUUCUUAUGGAAUAUAAUUCUUUGUUAUGAUUGGGGAUGUUUUGUAAGCUGACAAGGGUAGACUGUAGAAGGCAAGGAGAUUUUUACAAAGCUUUUCACAUACAAACUCAUAGACACCUUUUUCUUCUUUCCUGGAGAGCUCACGAUUGCCUGUAAUUUGUCAUUUUUGCUUACACACAACAUAGCUUUUCCAAUCUGCUAAUUAUAUUCAUCCAAUAAAGGCAUUAUCAGGAUUCCAUUUGUGUAAAAAUUAGGAUGGUAACAGGGAAAAUAUUGUCAGUAUUUCAGCUGUGUUCCUUUCUUAGUCUGAUAUGGCUUACUUCUAUGUUAAAAUAUGAUUUAAAAUCACAUGCAAAAAAAUCAACAAAAUAAUGAAUGAAAAGCACCUGAUACCCCAGGUAGUUCCCAACCCCAGUGUAAAUGCUAUCUACCAGUGAUCUAGCAUAUGUAAUCUUUUUUAAAGAUAUUGUUAAUAAAUAUUCUGUCAUUUGUAAAGA